AUGGAAGCUGUGACGGCGAGCUACCGGAAGAAACAAGCCGAGGGUUGUCGUGGUUGCUGCUCUCGGUGGCAGACUGAGUUGUUUUUCCUCCCUCGCUCACCUGUUGCCACCUUUCAAUCCCGAUCUCCACCGCUAUGCCGCCAUUACUGCUGUCAUCGGGGCUUGAUGUCGCUGCCGCCGCGAACUGCUACUGUCGCCGAUGGUACUGCCGCUGCCGUCACAGUGCACCACCGGGGGUGGUUGCAUUCCGAUUCCGAGCAAGACUCAUCGGGGUGCUUUGCUGCUGGUCAGGGAGCCUAA